AUGGAGACGGUGGAAAAGGAAUGCGGGGCCCUCGGGGGUCUUUUCCAGGCCAUUGUCAACGACAUGAAGUGUUCCUAUCCAGUGUGGGAGGACUUCAGUGCAAAGGCCACCAAGCUCCAUUCACAGCUCAGAACUACGGUUUUGGCAGCGGUGGCUUUCCUGGAUGCUUUCCAGAAGGUGGCGGACAUGGCGACCAACACUAGAGGGGCGACCCGAGACAUCGGCUCGGCCUUGACCAGGAUGUGCAUGAGGCAUCGCAGCAUCGAGGCCAAACUGCGACAGUUCACCAACGCGUUGAUGGAGAGCCUGAUCACGCCUCUGCAGGACAAGAUCGAGGACUGGAAGAAGACGGCCAACCAGCUGGAUAAGGACCACGCCAAAGAGUACAAGCGUUCGCGACACGAGAUCAAGAAGAAGUCGUCAGACACCAUCAAGCUCCAGAAGAAAGCUCGCAAAGAGAUCCAGGGGCGCGGUGAUCUUCAGCCUCAGCUGGACAGCGCCAUGCAGGACGUGACCGACAUGUGCCUGCUCAUGGAGGAGAUGGAGAAGCAGGCCGUGCGGCGGGCGCUGGUGGAGGAACGGGGAAGAUUCUGCACCUUUAGCGCAUUCCUACAGCCUGUUGUGAACGGCGAAAUCGCCAUGUUGGGCGAGAUAACACACCUGCAGGCCAUCAUCGACGACCUCACCGUGCUCACCACGGACCCGCACAAGCUGCCCGCCGCCAGUGAACAGGUCAUCAAAGACCUUAAAGGGUCCGAUUACAGUUGGUCCUAUCAGACUCCGCCCUCCUCGCCCAGCAGUUCUAGCUCACGCAAGAGCAGCAUGUGCAGUAGCGCCUCCCGCUCGUCCGGGGGCCCGGGCGGCGGAGGGGGCUCGCUGCCCCACUCACCCACUUCCUCUUCCUCGUCCUCGUAUCGCUACCGCAGCGGGCCGCCGUGCCAGCCGGCGGCGGGGAUCGCCGCCCACCGCCUCAGCAGCGUCUCCUCGCACGACUCGGGCUUCGUGUCUCAGGACGCUAACAUCUACUCCAAGCCGCCCUCGCCCAUGCCCUCAGACAUCACCAGUCAGAAAUCGUCCAGUUCGGCGUCGUCGGAGGCCUCCGAAACGUGUCAGUCGGUCAGCGAAUGCAACUCGCCCACUACUGAUUGGUCCAAAGCAGGUUCUUACGAGCAGCCCGCGGCGGCCGCCGUGGGUCCCGCGAGUUCCGGCGCGGUCGUCCAGAGGAGGAAGGAGCCGCCGCUCGAUAGGCUAAGGGAAAGCGAGGGUUCGCCCGUCGCGCAAGGGUACGCCGGCCCGUCCCACGGCGACGACGCCAGAGCCAGGGUGUCUUCUACUGCCAAGUACGGAGACGAGGCGACUCCGGCCGCGAGCGACCUGGCCAUGGUUCUGACCCGAGGCCUGAGCAACGAGCAGCAGAAAAGCAGCAGGGACAGUCUGCAGUACUCCAGCGGCUACAGCACCGAGACCACCACUCCUUCCUGCUCUGAGGACACCAUUCCUUCUCAGGGUUCUGAUUAUGACUGCUACUCAGUGAACGGCGACACGGAAGGCCCUGACGGUCAGGCGGACUUUGACAAGUCGUCCACCAUCCCCCGCCACUCCAACAUCGCCCAGAAUUACCGUCGCAUGAUUCAGACCAAGCGGCCCGCCAGCACGGCCGGUUUACCGAGCGGGGUCCUGGGCCCCGGGGGUCACGUCCUAACCCCCGGAGCAUCAGGCACCCCGGGAACCGCCACCAUCCGUAGAACGCCGUCCACCAAACCGGGCGUGAGGCGCACCCUUUCCAGCGCCGGCCCAAUUCCUAUCCGACCCCCCAUUGUGCCUGUCAAGACGCCCACCAUUCCUGGGGACUCCCACUCGCUCGGGGCUGCCGGGGCGCCGGUUCGAGUGGGAAGCGAGGAGUGCGUCUUCAUGGUGGACGACGCCCAGGGUGCACUGGAUUACGUGAAGGCGUCGCCCAAACGCCUCAGCCUCCCCAACACCGCAUGGGGUUCAGGGGCGGCUCUGGAGGUCUACGCCCAGCAACACGGGACCGAAGAGGAAAAGAUGAUCGCCGCUAACCGGCACAGCCUGGUGGAAAAGAUCGGCGAGCUGGUGGCCGGCGCCCACGCCCUGGGCGAAGGCCAGUUCCCUUUCCCCACCCUCUCGGAUGAUCCGACGCCUUCCGGCGCGGGGCCGGGCGACGCCCUCGAGGGUGCGGAGGGAUCAUCCGGCGACAUGCUGACCACCAUCAGAAGAGGAGUUCGACUCCGCAAAACCGUCUCCAACGACCGCUCGGCACCGCGAAUCUUGUGA